AUGGCAGCAGACAAUAUAGCACCUCCUGUCGACAAGCCAGCCACAUCUACCACAACCAGCACUCCGCACCUCCAAUUCUGGACUGAUCCAUCCAUCCCCAUCGCAUCAGGACAGCCUGGCCACUUUUCAUCAACGUCAUCACCAUCAACAUUAGACAACAGCAAUACCAACACCAGCCCAUUAACAACCUCAUCACGAUACCAUGACAUUGCAACAAAAGCAGCCUCCCUGUUCUCGUCUCCUCCAAUGAAGAUCUUGCGAGUCAGUCAGCUGGAUGCUGAAUCAUUGGAUGCGGAAUUGGGGAAUAUGGUGCAGGAGGGUUUUUGGAGGAUUUUUACGCAUUUUGGGGAUCAUUGGAAGGAGAUGUACCAGCCUGAAGUAUCAGUCAUACUGCAAUACCUCAUGUCGCAUCUAUCGAUAUAUGCAACGGGGGCUUCGUACGGGUCGCAGUUGCAGAACUUGAAAUAUCGGAAUGAGAGUCGACAUUUUGGAAAAUACGAAUCAGCCAUGCUGGACGCACCCUUAACAACAACCCAAAAGGCACUACACGCGAUACUACAUAUCGGAGCUCCAUACGCAUGGAUUCGAGUGAAUAGAUACGCAACGCUACAGGAAUGGAGUGAGAUGCCGAGUAAUUCGUGGCAGCAUCAAGUGUGGAAGUAUUUACAGGUUGCUGAGAAUGUGUAUAAGGUGGUCACCACGGUUAAUUUCUUGGUGUUUUUGUAUGAUGGGAGGUAUCGGUCAGUGAUAGAUCGAAUCCUGUCAAUGAGGCUUGUGUAUACUCGUCGUGAGAUGGCGAGACAGGUGUCGUUCGAGUUUAUGAAUCGGCAGCUUGUGUGGCAUGCAUUCACCGAAUUCCUCCUAUACCUCGUCCCUCUAAUCAACCUCUCAUCACUCAAAAACACCAUCCUACGCACCCUCUCACCCAAAUCGUCAUCAGACGUCAACCUCCAUCCAAGCAUAUGUGCCAUAUGUUUUGCCAACUCGGCGAACGUGAGGUCGUCGCAGGUGCAUACGCCGACUGGAGUGAGAUGGGGAGUAACUCCCGGGAGCAUCAUUUGUCGACGUACUUUCAACUUUGCUGAGAAUGUGUACAAGCCUGUUACGAGGGUUAUAGCCUUGGUGGUUUGUAUGGUGCGAGCGGUCGGUUUAUCCGUAGCCAACGGUCGCACCGUUCCUAUGACCUGUGUGCGAGAUUUGUUGACUUUAUCCCUAUCCAUGCGUAUUUAA